AUGCGCCCCAAAAGCCGGAAUGAUUUUGCGAUCGCGAUUAUCUGCGCCCUCCCCCUCGAGGCUGACGCCGUUGAAGCCCUUUUCGAUGAAACCUACGAUCGGCUGGCAAAAUACUAUGGCAAGCAGCAAGGCGACGCGAAUUCAUACAUUAACGGAAGGAUUGGCAACCAUGAUGUGGUCCUGUGCUACUUGCCAGGAAUAGGAAAAGGAAGCGCAGCAAGUGUUGCCUCAAGCCUGCAAGUCAGCUACACUGGUAUCCAGCUUGCUUUAGUUGUUGGUAUAUGUGGAGGCGUCCCAACGCCACCAAACUGUCAGGAGAUAUUCCUAGGCGAUGUUAUUAUCAGUGACUCGGUGAUCGAAUAUGACUUCGGCAGGCAAUACCCUGGUGGUUUUCAACGGAAUUCUUGGGUUAAGGACACGUUCGGAAGGCCGGAUCAAGAAAUUCAGACUCUUCUGAAUAGCCUGAGUGCUGAUAAUGCUUGCAACGAACUUCAAAACCAGAUGCGAAAAUAUCUUGAGACGCUUCAGCAAGGAGGAACCAGGUGGCACCAUCCACAAAUCAAUGAUAUUCUUUUCAAGGCUUCUUAUCUUCACAAGCAUCACGGGCAUGCUUCUUCUAUUAAAUGUGGCUGUUCAGGUGACCUACCUGAUGAGAUUUGUGAAGGAGCACUGGAGAAGGAUUGUGACUAUCUUGGAUGUGACAAAACCCAGGUAAUCCGUCGUCGACAGACCUUGGAAGCUGUCACGGUCUCUACACAUAUUGGAACAGUCGCCUCCACUGAUACAGCAAUGAGAUCUGGACAACACCGUGAUGAAAUCAUUAGACAAGAGAGGGUCAUUGGGUUUGAAAUGGAGGGGGCAGGCGUGUGGGAUAAUAUUUCGUGCAUCCAUAUUAAGGGGGUGUGUGACUAUGCAGACGGCCAUAAAAGCAAGUCAUGGGAAGCGUAUGCUGCAGCGAGUGGAGCCUCCGCAGCAAAAGCUUUCUUGGAGUACUGGAGGCCUCAGGACAGAGACGCGAGCAGAAACCCUUACUUGAUGAUUCCAUUUAGGAGAAAUCCGCGUUUUGUGGGCCGCCAGGAUGAAAUCCACAAAUUGGAGGAUUUGAUCUCUGUGCCGGACGGACCAAAAAAGCUUGUCAUUUCCGGAUCAGGAGGGGUUGGGAAGACCCAAAUAGCUCUAGAGCUAGCCUACCGCACGCGAGACAGAGAUCCUGAAUGUUCAAUCUUUUGGAUCCCAUGCACAAGCUAUGAGGGUGUUGAACAGGCCUGGAUAACUAUUGCACAGAUAUUAGGGAUCCAGAACGUGAAGCCGGCAGAUUUGAAAGACUAUAUCAAGGCUUACUUUAGCCAAAGAGAGAGGAAAUGGCUUCUAAUCUUCGACAACGCAGAUAAUAUGGACAUGUGGAUCAAGGGUAGUAGUACCGCCCCGCCACUCAAGGACUUCCUUCCUUAUAAUGAGCGAGGUCAUACUAUCUUUACCACUCGCAAUCAGGAGUUAGCUGUGAAACUGGGAUCCUCUAAUGUGAUACAAGUGCGCGAACUCAAUGAAAAGACUGGUGUGGAAUUUCUGGAAAAAUCACUAAUUCACAAAAGCCUGCUCAACAAUAGCUACACAGCAAUUACACUUCUUAAAAAGCUUACUUUCCUUCCAUUAGCUAUUACCCAAGCUGCAGCAUAUAUCAACGAAAAUGGUAUAGGAGUGCCUGAUUAUUUGCUCCUUCUCCAAGAACAAGAGGUAGAUAUUGUGGAGCUAUUAAGUGAGGGUUUUAGUGGUGAUGGACUGUACAAAGAUAUCCAAAGCCCAGUAGCCAUGACAUGGCUAAUCUCAUUUCGUCAGGUUCAGAAGCUUGACCGACUUGCUUCUGACUAUCUAUCACUUAUGGCUUGUGUUGAUCCGCGCAAUAUCCCGGAAUCCUUCCUUCCACGGCCGGCAUCCAAAAAGAAGAUGACAGAUGCUCUGGGGCUUCUAAGCGCCUACUCUUUUAUUACUAUCCAACCUGGGAAUGGCUCUGUAACCCUACAUCGCCUGGUGCACCUGGCAACUCGAAACUGGAUGAGGAAGGAAGAACAAUUUCCACUUUACAUAAGAAAAGCAGCAGACCGAUUAAAUGAGACCUUCCCUCAUAAUGAUUAUACCAACCGACAGCUUUGGAGGGAAUACCUACCCCAUGCCCUAUCCUUAUUGGGUGAGGAUGAGUUUAAAAAACAACAAGAACAGUAUAUUGACUUUAUACGGAGAGUGGGGACCUGCUUGGAUAGUGAUGGGAGGUACAAUGAAGCAGAGAAGUUAUUGAUGCAGGUGAUGGCGAUCCGGAAACAGGUGCUAGGGCUAGAGCAUCCUGACACUCUGACUAGCAUGGCCGACCUUGCAUCAACAUACUGGGGUCAGGGACGAUGGAAGGAAGCAGAGGAGCUACAGAUACAAGUAAUGGAGACAUCAAAACGGGUGCUAGGGUCAGAGCAUCCUGACACUCUGACCAGCAUGGCCGACCUUGCAUCAACAUACUGGG